GUAUCCAGUACUGACUUACUCGUAAUACAAUGAAGGUCGUAUCAAAUUUUCGUUUGGUUGUCUUAUACUUGUUUUGUUUGUCUGUCGAUACUAAGUUACCGUCAAGGGAAGAUAAACGCCUUUUAUUGGACGAUCCAACGCUGAUACAUUCUGAGCUCCAGGCCCUGAAACACGAAGUCCAGUCUCUUCGGUCACAGUUAUUGGAUCAGUCACGAUCUAAAAGCGGAGAAGGCGAGACAUACAUCAUAUGGGGGAAGAAAGCAUGUCCAGCGUUAAACGGCACACGCACAGUUUACAGUGGAAUUUCAAGUGGACGACAAUAUACAAAUCAUGGCAGUGGAAGUAACACUCUAUGCCUACCACACAAUCCUGAUCCUACGCCUGUGGACUUUCCUGAACACUUUCAAAGUGACAUAUCAUCUUUUACUGGGUCACUUCAUGGUGCCGAGUACCAAUUUACCUACAGAAACAUUGCCAUAGAAGAUGAUGUCCCAUGUGCCGUGUGCAUGGUUUCCAAUGCAGCGUCAACUUUAAUGGUGCCUGCUAAAACUUCUUGCCCAGCUGGCUGGACUGUGCAGUAUACCGGGGUACUAACCUCCGGUUCAGAUUAUACUAAUCACUAUGGAACAGACUACUUAUGCCUUGACGACAACCCAGAAUACGCGACAGAGGGAGCUCGCAUGCACAGUUAUAAUGGGAAAUUGUUCUAUCCCGUACAUGCAGUGUGUGGAUCCUUACCCUGUCCACCUUACAAGAAUCAACAGCUUGUGUCUUGUGUUGUCUGUUCAAUUUAAGGUCAAGAUCUAGUAAAUAAAAGGUGUCUACAGAUUCCUCAAAUCUGAGAAAUAAAUUCCUUUAAUGAU